GUACACACCAUGACAAGACCUCUACUCAUUUUUAUUACUCUUUUUGACCCUCUUCUCCUUGUUCUUACUCUCUCUGUCACUCCACUAAUGAAUGGCAUUGUUCUGUAGCUUCUGUAUAUUUAAUGGACUUCUUUUAAUUUGUACAACCGCUAGCCUCCUCGUCAAGAAUCGACCUUUCAUUUCUACCUGAGUGAGAGGUGACUUCCUUCGACUUGUCUUGCCAAGAUCAAUCAAACAACACCAUAAAGAUACAGUACUACCUCUUGGUGGACAUGCUUCAACAGGAAGAAGGUUGGCCUCUGGGUCUGCAGCCCCUGAAUGUGAGAGUCGCGUCAGCUGGAUCAAUUUCAUUCAACGCCAUACUCACUGGUUCUCCGACUUCCUCUUCAGAUUCCUCAUCAGAUUUAGACUCCAAGUCAACCGGAUCAUUCUUCCAUGACAACAGCAUUACACUUGGGAGGCUUAUUGGUAUUUCUAGCGUAUUAGAGCUCUAUAGGAAAUCGAUUAGGGGAAGAAAAGCAGAGGACUUAAAAGAAAAGAAGAGCUCCAAAUCCAAAACUUGGUUUUUCUCUUUAUGUUCAAGAGACAGUACUGAUGCUGAAAGUUCCAACAAUCCGUUAUCUCUAGGUCAGUUUCUUGCGGUGGAAAGAAGAGCUGCUAAUGAAAAAACGAGGAACCAAAUCCCUUGCAUUUAUGCACCUGAUGAGCUUGCCCUGGCUCCUCCUGCUACGGAACCAAACUCGCUAUUCAUUGACGGCCAUGUUGCGCCUCCUCAGACAAGUCCAUUGUUUGGUUCCGAUGGAGGAUCGGAGCAUGGCAAUGGGUAUGGAAUUCCUGCAUUAUUUCCUUGCAUGUGUGGCCAAGCCUCCCAGUGAAUAUGUAUGGUCUUCAUUCUUUGUUUCUGAAUUUUCUCUCUGAAUUUCAAACACUAGUUAGGGAAGUAGAAAUAGAGUUUUGUUACCCCCUCUUUUCUGUUUCUUUUUAUUCUCGUCUUUUUUAUUGAUUCAAGUUUCAUUAGAGGCGGAGUGUUUGUUUUUGGGUGAUUGCAUUGCAAUUACAAUGUUGUUUGUAAUUGUUCUUA